UGAGAAUACCCGACUUUUUCAGUUUUCACAACUCAUCAUCCCUUUCUUAAACGUUCCCAAGUUUUCUUACUCAUGUAAAAACUAUGGCAACAAAUCAGAACCUCAAAGAUCUUCAAUGGGUGCUUGCUGCUAUCAAAUCUCAGACCCUAAGUUUACACAGCAUUUCCUUCUACCAAUCUCAGCCCCCAGCUCCUUCAGGUUGUUACCAAGAAACUGAGAAUUCCAUCAACAUAAACAUCUCCAAAGACAGUCUCUCAUACUUCUCUGAGAUUCUCUCAGUUUUGGGGGGUACAGCUGCCAAGGGUGGCAGCAGCCAAUCAUGUCUGAGAAACUUCGAGUUUCACAGGGUAGAAUGGGAUGUGAAACAGCUGAGAAAUCUUGGUUUGUUGCUUGAGAGUAACUCAAACAUCAGGCAACUUUGUUUCAGAAGGAACCAACUGAGUAGAGAAUGUAUGUUUGAGCUAUCUGAGAUUCUGAAGAGAAAUAGAGCAGUUAAAGAGGUAGUUUUUUCUGAAUCAGCUAUUGGCUAUGUUGGGGCUGAGCUUCUUGCUUCUGCUCUUAAGGUGAAUGAUAGCUUGGAAGAGUUCCAGAUAUGGGAGGACUCAAUCGGAUCAAGAGGAGCAGAAGAGCUCUCAAAGAUGAUUGAAGUCAACUCAACACUGAGGCUGUUGACUAUCUUUGAUUCCGAUUCUAUCACUGCAACUCCACUUAUUUCAGCAGUUUUGGCAAGAAAUAGGUCUAUGGAAGUUCAUGUUUGGAGUGGAGAACAUGGAGACAAGAGUUCAAAGGUGGUGGAAUUUGUACCAGAGAACAACACACUUAGAAUUUACAAGUUGGAUGUCUCAGGUACCUGCAGAGUUGCCUGUGCUUUGGGGUGGAACUCAACUGUUAAGUCUCUAGACAUGACCGGAGUCCGGCUCAAAUCACGGUGGGCCAAGGAGUUCAGAUGGGUUUUGGAACAGAACCAGAUAAUCAAGGAGGUUAACUUGUCAAAAACAUGCUUGAAAGACAAGGGGGUUGUGUAUGUAGCUGCUGGACUCUUUAAGAACAAGAGGUUAGAGAGCUUAUAUUUGGAUGGAAACUGGUUUAGAGGAGUUGGAGUAGAACAUUUACUCUGUCCAUUGAGCAGGUUCUCAUCCCUUCAAAACCAAGCAAAUAUAACUCUAAAAGCUUUGACAUUUGGAGGUGGUAGAACCAAGAUUGGAAGAGAUGGGCUUGCAGCCAUAUUACAGUUUCUGACAACCAAUGAAACUGUGACUAGAUUAGGGAUAUAUGACGAUGAGAGUUUGAGAUCAGAUGAUUUUGUGAAAAUCUUUACUUGCCUGCAGAGGAAUGCCUCAUUGAGAUACUUGUCUUUACAAGGCUGCAAAGGGGUUCAUGGAGAUUUGGUACUACAUACAAUCAUGGAGACACUACAAGUGAAUCCUUGGAUUGAAGAGAUUGAUCUUGCAAGAACACCACUGCAGAAUUCCGGAAGAGCCGAUGGAAUUCAUCAAAGGUUAGGCCAGAAUGGAAAAACUGAACCUGAAAUGGACUUGGAUAUGGACACUCUCAAGGACAUGCCACUAACAGUACCUAAGAGCUGUAGAGUUUUCUUCUGUGGGCAAGAAUAUGCAGGAAAAAGUACACUUUGUAAUUCCAUAUCACAAAACUUCUCCACCUCCAAACUUCCCUACAUUGACCAUGUAAGAAGUAUAGUGAACCCAGUUGAGCAAGCGGUUAAAACAGUUGGAAUGAAGAUCAAAACCUUCAAAGAUGAAGAUAUAAAAAUUUCAAUAUGGAAUCUUGGUGGUCAGCAUGAGUUUUAUUCCCUCCAUGAUCUCAUGUUUCCGGGACAUGGAAGUGCAUCCUUCUUCCUCAUCAUAUCCAGUUUAUUCAAAAAGCCAAGCAAUAAAGAACCAAAGACUCCGGUAGAGAUAGAAGAAGACCUUCAAUAUUGGCUCAGGUUCAUAAUCUCCAAUUCAAGAAGAGCAGUCCAACAAUGUAUGCUACCAAAUGUAACAAUAGUACUCACACACCAUGAUAAGAUCACUCAACCAUCACCAAAUUUGCAGGGUACAGUAAACUCAAUCCAGAGAUUGAGAGACAAAUUCCAAGGCUUUGUCGAUUUCUACCCAACUGUAUUCACUGUCGAUGCAAGAUCAUCAGCUUCGGUCACUAAACUCACGCACCAUCUUCGAAUGACAAGCAAGACAAUUCUUCAAAGGGUACCCAGAAUUUACCAGCUUUGCAAUGAUCUGAUUCAAAUACUAUCAGAUUGGAGAUCGGAGAACUACAACAAGCCUGCUAUGAAAUGGAAAGAGUUUGAUGAGCUUUGUCAAGUGAAGGUUCCACCACUAAGAGUUCGAUCGAGGCACGACAACAAAGAGAAGGUGGAAAUGAGAAGAAGGGCUGUUGCUACUUGUCUUCAUCACAUAGGAGAAGUAAUAUAUUUUGAUGAACUGGGAUUCUUGAUCAUGGAUUGUGAGUGGUUCUGUGGUGAUAUUCUUGGACAACUAGUAAGACUAGAUGUGAGAAAGCAGAGUUCAACAGAGAGGAAUGGAUUUAUCAGUAGGAAAGAGUUGGAGAAGAUUUUAAAGAGAAGUUUGGAAAGCCAGAUUCCUGGAAUGAGCUCUAAGGUGUUCGAAAACUUAGAUGCAAGUGACCUUGUGAGAAUGAUGCUUAAACUGGAACUGUGCUAUGAACAAGACCCGUCUGAUCCGAAUUCAUUGCUACUCAUUCCCUCAAUUCUUGAAGAAGGCAGAGGAAAACCUCAGAAAUGGCAAUUAAGCAGCCCUGACUAUGUUUAUGCUGGGAGGCAUCUCGAGUGUGAUGAUUCAAGCCAUAUGUUUCUCACACCAGGCUUCUUUCCUAGAUUACAGGUGCAUCUCCAUAACAAAAUUAUGGGCCUAAGGAACCAGCAUGGUGCUACUUACAGUCUUGAGAAGUACCUAAUUUCUAUAAACAUAAAUGGAAUCAAUAUCAGAGUUGAGCUAGGAGGACAGCUUGGUUACUACAUUGAUGUGCUUGCCUGUUCCACCAAGAACGUUACAGAAACUCUUAGACUUAUCCAUCAGCUUAUAAUACCAGCCAUCUAUAAACUCUGCCAGGGAAUCACUUUAGCUGAAAAUAUUUUAAGGCCCGAGUGUGUCCAAAAUCUGACUGCCCCGCGAUACAGAAGAACUCAAUUUGUUUCGCUUCAACAGUUGAAGCAGGCAUUGCUUUCGGUUCCUGCAGAUGGUAUGUAUGAUUAUCAGCACACUUGGGAUGAAGUUUCAGAGUCUGGCAGGCAAAUUCUGAGAGCUGGUUUUGAUUUAGCUCGAGACCUCCUAUCAGAUGAAGAUUUCAGGGAAGUACUCCACCGGCGAUAUCAUGAUUUGUACAACCUCGCUGUUGAACUACAAGUCUCUCCUGAAACAAACCCGGAUGGGACAGAGCUGCAGGCAUCGUCAACAGGUGAUGAGAAUGAAAAAGUUGACCCCAGUUUAGGAGGAAUUGCCAAAGGAUUGGAAGUAGUUUUACAGAGACUGAAGAUCAUUGAACAAGAGAUCAGAGACUUGAAACAAGAGAUUCAAGGACUGAGAUACUAUGAACACAGACUACUGACCGAGCUUCAUCGAAAAGUAAACUACUUAACAAACUACAAUGUUCAAGUAGAAGAGAGGAAAGUACCAAACAUGUUUUACUUUGUUAAAACAGAAAACUACUCAAGAAGAUUGGUUACCAACAUGAUCUCCGGCAUGACAGCUCUUCGGCUGCACAUGUUGUGCGAAUUUCGCAAUGAGAUGCACGUAGUUGAGGAUCAAAUGGGGUGUGAAAUGAUGCUGGUUGAUAACAUGGCUGUGAAGAGUUUGGCUCCUUACAUGUCAAAGUUCAUGAAAUUAAUAACAUUUGCUCUAAAGAUUGGAGCCCAUUUAGCAGCUGGAAUGGGAGAGAUGAUACCAGAUUUGGGCAGGGCAGUAGCCCAUCUGUCAGACUCUUCGCUUCUUUACGGAGCAGCAGGGGCUGCAGCAGCCGGGGCUGUGGGGGCUGCAGCCAUGGGGCGAGCAGAUGGAAGAAACAGAAGCAGGUAUGGAGAUAAAAGGGAUAUUCAACAAGAUCUCAAAACAGCACAGCAGUGGGUUGUGGACUUUCUAAGGGACCGGAGAUGCUCAACUGGAAAAGAAAUUGCUGAGAAGUUUGGAUUAUGGAGAGUGAGGUACAGAGAUAGUGGACAGAUUGCAUGGAUUUGCAGGAGGCACAUGCACUUUAGAGCUCAAGAAAUAAUCGAAGUGCCCGUAUGAAAAUAUGCAACACAUUGUCAAUUUUUUUUCUUUCUUUUAUUAUGUUUUUUUAUUAUAAUUUACUUGUUUUGUGAAGGCAACACAACUUUAACCCACCUUCUUUCAUAUCUACAUAUAAAACUCAUGGUUAAACUGGUUUUGAGCUCA